AUGCCAGCAAUGAUUGUGGCGUUCGGCUCCAGUUCCAGUGCGAUGACACUACCCGUCACAAUACAGUGUAUGGAGGGUAAAAAUAAAUUGUCCAAGAUCGUCUCGCAAUUUGUGCUUCCACUUGGAAUGACACUCAACAUGAAUGGCAGUGCUUUGUAUUACCCGAUGACCACAUUAUUUGUGGCCCAAAUGCAUGGUUUUCCGAUUACUUUUCAAAUGAUGAUCACAUUAUGGAUCUUCUCGGUCAUAAUGACCAUGUCAUUUCCGGGAUCUCCAUCUGGUGGCUCGACCGUUGUCAAUUUUAUAGCAUUUUGCGCUAUUGUUGGGAAAGGAUACGUACCCUAACCAACGUUAUGGGAGAUUGUUAUAUAUCGGCUAUUAUACAAAAGUUAUGUCACAUAAAAAGCGAUGAUAACGAUGAUGAUAAAACACACGA